AGAGUGGGAAGGGGAAAUGAGAGAGAACAGUCCGUGUCGCUAACCUUUUCAAAGAAGCCCUCUAUGCAUAGGCAAUCCACUUCAGCAACGAGCGCUUUUGAAUUAGCAUCUACAUUUGCAUAAUUCGUUUUAAUUAAUACUGGCUUUAAGAGGCAACGGCGCCGAAAUAAAAACACAUCAAGGUUGUAUUUAUGAGCCGGCCUCAUUGCUGUGGCCUCUCCCUAGUCAACCAGACUCACUGUGAUCGACUGUGCUGUACGUGCUGCUGUUAGGCCGCCAGCCAUCUCCUCGGCUCGUUCAGGCAUUGAGCACAGAGGACAUACUUCAUUUACAGCUCGUUCAGAUCAGCACUACUCCAGGAUGGUUGAGACUAAUCUGUCCCUGGAGGAGGACUUCUCCCCCUCUCCCUCCCUCCCCCCGCCCGUCUCUCCCUGCUCCCUGCUCUCCAACUCCAGCUCCUCCUCGCAGUCCUCCCCUCCGUACAACUUCUACGCCGUCCUGCUGGUGCUGCUCAUCUUCUGCGUGGUCUUCGGGAACGUGCUGGUGUGCUUGGCCGUGUCGCGGGAGCGCGCCCUGCAGACCACCACCAACUACCUCAUCGUGUCCCUGGCCGUGUCUGACCUCCUGCUGGCCACGCUGGUCAUGCCCUGGGGCGUUUACCUGGAGGUGAUGGGCGGUUGGAGGUUCAGCCCCAUAUACUGUGACAUCCUGCUGACGCUGGAUGUCAUGAUGUGCUCGGCUAGCAUUCUCAACCUCUGUGCCAUCAGCAUCGACAGGUACACUGCAGUGGCCAUGCCCUUGCUGUAUAACACGAGGUACAGCUCCCGGAGGAGAGUGGCUCUUAUGAUCGCUGUGGUCUGGUUCCUCUCCUUCGCCAUCUCCUGCCCCCUGCUGUUCGGACUCAACAACACAGCCAGUCGAGAGGUGUGGAAGUGCAGUAUCGCGGACCCGGCCUUCGUGGUCUAUUCCUCCGUGGCCUCCUUCUACGUGCCCUUCAUCGUGACCCUGCUGGUGUACGCGCAGAUCUGCGUGGUCCUGCGUCGCCGGGGGCGACGCACAGCCCCGCCCCGCAGACACGCCCUCCACGUGCAGGGAGGGGCGGAGCCUGGCGAGGGCCAGAGGCAGAGGAAGAAUAAGUGCACCCACCCUGAAGACGUGAAGCUCUGUACUCUCAUACUUAAGCCCCCUGAGGCAGCCCCUCACCGCAAGAAAGUGACUCUGGUGAAGGAGGCAGUGGUGCACCCUCUGGAGGCGGAGCCUGUUUGCUUCCUGGCUCAGACGGAGCAGGGUCGGCAGCAGCCCUCCCGAGCCAAAAUCUCUCUGUCCGUGUCCGUCUCUCCUGCUCCCCCCCUCCCUCCUGCCCCCCGCUCCGCCCUGGUGCCCCGGGGGGCAGUGUUUGAGGAGGGGAUGCGGGGGCGCGAGGGUUGGAGGGAGAGGGACAGAGAGAGGGAGGAGAAGGGAGGGAUGGUGAAGGAGAGAGUGAGGGGGAGGCUGUCCCAGCAGAAGGAGAGGAAGGCGACUCAGAUGCUGGCUAUAGUGCUCGGCGUGUUCAUCAUCUGUUGGCUGCCCUUCUUCCUGACCCAUGUGCUGCGUGUCCACUGCAGCAGCUGCUGCAUCUCGCCCACCCUGUACAGCGCCGUCACCUGGCUGGGCUACCUCAACAGCGCCGUCAACCCCGUCAUCUACACCACCUUCAACAUCGAGUUCCGCAAGGCCUUCAUCAAGAUCCUCCACUGCUGAGUUCCUCAAGGCCUUCAUGAAGAUCCUACACUGCUGAGUUCCUCAAGGCCUUAAUCAAGAUCCUCCACUGCUGAGUUCCUCAAGGCCUUAAUCAAGAUCCUCCACUGCUGAGUUCCUCAAGGCCUUCAUCAAGAUCCUCCACUGCUGAGUUAUUCAAGGCCUUCAUCAAGAUGCUCCACUGCUGAGUUCCUCAAUGCCUUCAUCAAGAUCCUCCACUGCUGAGUUCCUCAAGGCCUUCAUCAAGAUGCUCCACUGCUGAGUUCCUCAAUGCCUUCAUCAAGAUCCUCCACUGCUGAGUUCCUCAAGGCCUUCAUCAAGAUCCUCCACUGCUGAGUUCCUCAAGGCCUUCAUGAAGAUCCUACACUGCUGAGUUCCUCAAGGCCUUCAUCAGGAUUCUACACUGCUGAGUUCCUCAAGGCCUUCAUGAAGAUCCUACACUGCUGAGUUCCUCAAGAGCUUCAUCAAGAUCCUCCACUGCUGAGUUCCUCAAGGCCUUCAUCAGGAUCCUCUACUGCUGAGUUCCUCAAGGCCUUCAUCAAGAUCCUCCACUGCUGAGUUCCUCAAGAGCUUCAUCAAGAUCCUCCACUGCUGAGUUCCUCAAGAGCUUCAUCAAGAUCCUCCACUGCUGAGUUCCUCAAGGCCUUCAUCAGGAUCCUCUACUGCUGAGUUCCUCAAGGCCUUCAUCAGGAUCCUCCACUGCUGAGUUCCUCAAGAGCUUCAUCAAGAUCCUCCACUGCUGAGUUCCUCAAGAGCUUCAUCAAGAUCCUCCACUGCUGAGUUCCUCAAGGCCUUCAUCAUGAUCCUCCACUGCUGAGUUCUGCAAAGCCUUUAUCAAGAUCCUACACUAAUGAGGGUUCUGCAUGGCCUUUAUAUACAUUGUUUACAGCUUUAAGUUUACCUUAAGACCUAAAUACACUUCACAGCAGAGAGUUCCUCUAUGCCUUCAUGACGAUCCUUCACAGCCAUAAGUUCCACAAGGCCUUCAUAAAUAUAAUUGACAGCAGAGGGUUCCUCCAUGCCUUUCCAUAAUAUUC